GAUGGAGUUAGGCUGUUAGUUUUUGGGUAGUUGGGCUGUUUUAAAUGCUUCCCAUCGCCAUCGCCCUCGCCCUAAUCGGCCAUAAGUUGUUGGCCGUCGACCGACGUUAGGGUUUUCCUUUUUUUUUCCCCCUGGAUUUCCUCUAUAUACGUUGGAGUUCUUAAAUCAGAGGCAAAACCGUUCCUUUCUCGGUAAGAGUGGAACUUUCUUCUUUUGGGUAAUCAUAAAUGGAGUUGUUAGAUCCGUGUGUAGGAAGAUGGGCAAGUCCAGUCCUUUGACGCAGAGAGAUGGAUUGCUAUUAGCAUUAAUCAUCCACGAUACGCAGGAAGAAACGAAUUUGUUGAGGAGAGUAGCAGUAUGUGGAGGGGAUUUUGGACUUGUGGUGUAGUGAGGCAAAGCCUAUUUGGAAGGAAAGCUCUGGCCCCAAAGUCUCUGUUGUCGGGAUUGAGGACACUGGAGCGUUCUUACCCGUCGUCUUAUGGUGCGGCAGUGCUGUUUUCAUCGACGGGGUUGCCGCCAUCAUCGUCCGAAGGAGGUGGUGGUUGUACGGAACGCAUGGAUACUAUAACCUUUGCGGAGGCAAAGAAGCUGAUGAGGCUGGUGAAUGUAGAGGCCCUGAAGAUGAAGCUUGGGAUGGAAGGGAAGGAAGUCAUAGGAUAUCAGGAGCUUCUCAAGGCUUGUGAGAGCAUGGGGGUUGCCAGAUCUCUGGAUGAGGCCGCUGCAUUUGCACGGGUUCUCGAUGAGGCUGGCGUUGUCCUUCUCUUCCGAGAUAAGGUUUACCUUCAUCCCGACAAGGUGGUGGAUCUGGUUCGAAAAGCGGUGCCCAUAGCUCUCACUCCUGAAGAUGACCCCUUGAGGGAUGAGCUAAAGAGACUGCAGGAGAAAAAGGAAGAGAUUGAUGUGCUGGCACAUAGGCAGGUCCGGUGCAUUCUUUGGUGUGGCAUGGGGUUAGCUUUGACUCAGGUUGGGCUCUUCUUUCGACUAACAUUCUGGGAAUUUUCAUGGGAUGUAAUGGAACCUAUUGCAUUUUUUGUCACAACAACUGGUAUAGUUGUAGGUUAUGGUUAUUUUCUGUUCACUUCGAGAGAUCCUACUUACCAGGACUUCAUGAAGAGGCUCUUUCUCUCUAGGCAGAGGAAACUGUUCAAGAAGCGCCAUUUUGAUGUCGACAGAUUCAAAGAGUUGCAAAACAAGUGCAAAACACCUCUAGAUGCCAGGUCUAUCAAAAAUCGUGUAGGCGUAAAACUAGAGUUGGGAGGAUGCCUUGCAUGAGGAUUGGCAUCUUUUUUGUUAUUUAUUCUCAUGGAGCUUACGUUCAGUAGAUUGGAAAACUUUUUACAUUCAACUUGUACCCCCACCUUCCAGUUUUGGCACCAUGCGGAAGCUAGGCUUCUUAACGGUACUAUGUUGUCUUUAAUUCUCGUUUUUAGCUCGUGAAAUGGAAGAAUGCUUACACUAAUAAUUUCCUGUGGAUCUUGAUUUCGUA